UCCCACGGAUAGAAUAUUUGACGUAUACUUUUGUAACCAUUGCCAGCUUGUAGGCAAUAAAAAAGGUCACUGUUCUGUAUUUUUUCAGCCAUGAAUACAGGGAAGAGACUUUAGACUCCACCAAUCACAGACACUUAGGAUCAGAAAUAUAAGGCAUAACACAAGUGUUAAAAUCCAAAAGGCUAAGGAAAAACAAAGAAACACAAUCAAGGAAAAAAUUACUAAAAAUUACUAUAUACUGAAAUAUAUGCGGGAUCAUAAAGGAGAAAAAGGGAAACAUUAAAACAGGGCAAAAAAAAGAGUGAAAAUAGAGCCUAUCCAGAAGAGAGAAAUAAAAGAAUAUUAAGAAAAAGAAGAAAGAAAAGAUUUCAGCAAAUCCCAGCAUGUAUUGUCUACCCUUAUUCUACCUCUUCAUGGUAACCUGUGACUGCUUCAGAAGGAUUCCACUCAAUAGAAUGCCAUCAAUACGGGAAACUUUGCAGAGCAUGGGGGUGAAAGUAACUGAUGCUUUUCCUCAGCUGAGGAUGAAGGCACUGGCAGAUAAGAAUCCUAAUAAUGGAACAGCUCCAACUGUGCUUACCAACUACAUGGAUACACAGUAUUUUGGUGAGAUCAGUAUAGGUUCUCCGCCACAAACAUUCAAGGUAGUCUUUGAUACAGGAUCUGCCAAUCUGUGGGUGCCAUCACAACGCUGCUCCCCCCUCUACAGCGCCUGUGUAUCACAUAACAGAUAUGAUUCCACUAAGUCCCAGACGUACAUGGAAAAUGGGGCAGGCUUCUCUAUUCAAUAUGGCUCAGGGGGAGUGAAAGGAUUCUUGAGCCAGGAUGUUGUGGUGGUAGCAGGCAUUCCAGUUAUACAAGUUUUUGCUGAAGCUACAGCACUUCCAGCCUUUCCAUUUAUCUUUGCCCGCUUUGAUGGAGUCCUGGGAAUGGGCUUUCCUGGCCAGGCCAUUGAUGGCAUUACCCCUGUUUUCGAUCGGAUCAUAUCAGAGCAAGUCCUGCAGGAGGAUGUCUUUUCUGUAUAUUACAGCCGAAGUUACAGGGAUUCUCACCUAAAACCAGGAGGUGAAAUUAUUUUAGGAGGUUCAGACCCUUCUUACUACACGGGGAGCUUCCAGUAUCUCAACUUAGAGAAGGAAGGAUAUUGGCACAUCAGAAUGAAGGGGGUGUCCAUUGGGGCAGAGAUCUUAUUUUGUAAAGAUGGUUGCUCAGUAGCAAUUGACACAGGAGCAGCUUACAUCACUGGUCCAGCUAGUUCAGUUUCUGUCCUCAUGAAGGCCAUUGGCGCUACUGAAUUGGCAGAGGGAGAGUACACUGUGGACUGUGAUAAAAUUUCUCAGCUUCCUGACGUCUCCUUCCACAUGGGUGGGAAUGAGUAUACGCUGAAGGGACCUGCAUAUAUUCUGCAGCAGUCCCAGUUUGGGGAAGAGAUAUGCUCAGUUGCUUUUACUCCUCUGGAUAUUCCUCCACCAGUCGGACCACUCUGGAUCCUGGGUGCCUCAUUCAUAGGCCAGUAUUAUACCGAAUUUGACCGGCGCAACAACCGGAUUGGAUUUGCAACAUCUCUCUGAAAUUUAUGUCAAGGAAAUAUGGCAAACCUGAAAUAAGGGAAAUAAUCCAAAUAUGCCUUGUCUUUAUUUUGGCAUCAACACAAAACUAGCAGCAAUAGGGAAAUUAAACUGUAUCCUUUUGGAUAGUGUAUGCAAUGAUAUUAUACAGUGGAUCUUCAUUUUAUGUCAGGUCAUUAAAAUUACUCUUUUUAUUCAUAGUUAAAGCAUGUUUGAAUGGCAGAAUUUACAUUUAAUAAUCUAUUGUUUAGUUACUAAGACUAAAGACCUUCUUGUUCAGAAAGAACUUUAAAUAUGAAAUUGAAGAAAGCCAGGACAAUAAAUUAACAAAAUUUAUAAGAAACAAAAUAAAGCAUACCUGCAAAGAUACUUGAAUUGCUUAAGUCUCCAAGUGACACCUUUAGACUGCAUAAUGAAAAACUAAUGCUAUAACCUUAAAAGAGAAUAUUUUUGAUAAAAA